UUUACGCCCGAACAUCAAAGACAACCACCUCGCAUCUCCGCCAUUUCCUUGUGAUACCAUUUCAUAUUUUCCUUGAGCGUGCAUUGCAGUGCGCAACAUGUUUUCCGGGUCCAACUCGUAUUUGGGAGGCCAGAGUGGUCGUCCAGGUGGUCCCCAACAAUAUGGCUCGUUCCAGCCUCAGCAGCAGCAGCAACCACAGCAGCAGAACUUCUUGAAUCCGAAUCCGACAGGAUAUGGACAACCUCCAUUACAGCCAAGUUAUACCGGAUAUCCUAUGCAAAACCAACCGACAGGAUUCCAGCCCCAGCAGAUGCAACCACAACCCACAGGCUACGCCGGUCAACCAUCUCCAUUCAACAACGCUCAAGCUCCGCAACAACAGAGCUUCCAGACUGGAGCUCCGCCAAUGCCGCAGAUACCACAGCAGUAUCAAAAUCAAACCCAGCAGCAAGCUCAACCCCCUCCAGCAGCUCCGGUCCAAAAACCACAACCUACGGGCUUUGCGGCGAUGGCCGAUAGCUUCAAGACUACACCGUCAGCAGCUCCUGCCCGAGGUCGCAGAGCAUCGAAAUCGAAGGGAGCAAGAAUACCAAACAUACGAUUGUCAUUCAUCACAGCACAAGAUCAAGCAAAGUUCGAAACAUUGUUCAAGUCUGCAGUUGGUGAUGGACAAACUUUGUCUGGUGACAAGUCGAGGGAUCUACUGCUUCGAUCCAAGCUAGAUGGGAAUUCUUUGUCGCAGAUCUGGACUCUGGCAGAUACCACUCGAUCCGGGCAAUUACAUUUCCCCGAAUUCGCCUUAGCAAUGUACCUGUGCAAUCUGAAGCUUGUUGGGAAGCAAUUGCCUGCCUCAUUACCCGAGAAUAUCAAGAACGAGGUCUCCAGCAUGGUGGAUAUAAUUAAUUUUGGCGUGGCAGAUGAUGCUGUAGACUCGGCACCUCGAACGAAUGCUCCAGAUUUCAAUAUUCGACAGAAUGCUGCCUCUCCACCUACGAUCCAACAACCACAGCCAAUGCAGUCAAACUCGUCACUUCUACAAGCACAAAUGACAGGAUUUCCAGGGCAGCAGAACAAUUUCUCGCAAGGAGGAUUUCAGGGACAGCAACCAGGCUUCCAGCAGUCAAUGCAGACAGGUUUCGGCCAGAAUCAACAAGGAGGGAUGCAAUCGAAUCCAACUGGCUUCCAGAACCCCGCUGCUACUGGAUACAACGGACCCCGCCCACCAAUGCCACCAAUGCCCACUGGAUUUCAGAAUCAAGGACUCUCUCCAGCUCAGACUGGUUUGGGAGGCAUGGUUGCACCAUUGAACAGUCAGCCUACAGGUCGUCCUGGACAAUGGGGUCUUGUCAAUGCUCCGGCUAGUGGAUUGCCUAACAUUGACUUGCUCCAAUCACGGAUGAUGCCUCAACAAGGUCGCGAACAGGGCAACUUUACCACAGCUGGUCUGUCAGGCAAUGCAGUUAUUCCUUGGGCUGUUACAAAGGAUGAGAAGACUCGAUAUGACUCCGUUUUCAAGGCAUGGGACGGAUUUGGAAAAGGAUUCAUUGGUGGAGAUGUUGCAAUAGAAGUAUUUGGUCAGAGUGGUCUGGAGAAACCUGACUUGGAACGUGUCUGGACACUUGCCGAUCACGGAAAUAAGGGCCGACUCAACAUGGACGAAUUUGCCGUUGCUAUGCAUCUGAUCUAUCGAAAGCUUAACGGAUAUCCGCUCCCUGCACAACUUCCUCCUGAGCUCGUACCUCCUUCGACUCGAAACUUCAGCGAAUCUAUUGGAACCGUCAAAUCACUCCUAUCCCAAGAGUCCGAUUUCCGAAAGAAUUCAGGAGCAAGUCUGCUACCUCAGAAGACUGGAGUCAGCUAUCUUAAGAAUCACUCUUUCCGUGGCGACUCGGGAUUCGGCAACACUGGGCGAAAAGAUGCAACUGUUUUCAAGAACAAUGAUGACGAUGUAGGAUACAAAUCCAGUGCUCGCAGACGCUUGGGCGGUACAAACUCACCGCGUCCCUCAUCGCCAAGCUCCGCAACCUCGAACGAUGAAUUGUCUCUUGAACAAUUAAGAAAGAAGAUUCGUGAAAAGCAGGUGCUUCUGGAUGCCAUUGAUUUCAAGGAUGAGAAUGCCGCAGAUGAGGACGAUGCUCUUGACCGAAGAGACCGCCGCGAGGCCGAAGAUCUAUACCGCCGUAUUCGUCGCAUACAAGAAGACAUCGAUUCACAUCCUGAUGCAUCUCUUCGUAAUGUGGAUUCUGGAGCUGAAAGUCGGAUAUUGAAGCGACAACUUCAAUCUCUGACUGAUAAGCUUCCUGAAAUCGCGUCAGCAGUACGAAAGACAGAGCGCAAUAUUGCUGAUGCAAAGCUUGAGCUCUUCCGUUUGAAGGAUGCCAAAGCUCAUCCUGGUAGCGCAUCUUCUAUCGUUGGGACAGGUCCUGGAGGAUCCAUUACCGAGUCAGAUCGACUCAAGGCUCGUGCUAAAGCAAUGAUGCAACAACGCUCUGCUGCUCUUACAGGACGAAAGGUCGAGUCGAGUAAUGAAGAUCUCGAUGCGCCAAAGAGAUUGGAGGAAGAAAAUGUCAAGAUUAGGAACGAAAAAGAGAAUAAUGAGCGCAUGGUCAGAGAUGUUGAAGAUAGUGUUCGUGACUUCUCUCGUGGUCUCGAGGAUAGUCUGAAAGAGGGAUCGUCCGAUUCUACGAGCGAGCAUGAAGAGCGACGAUGGGAAGAUGGUCUUGGUGUCGAAGAUGAGGUUAAAGAUUUCAUUUUCGACCUCCAGAGGUCCAGCCGGUCCGCACGAGUCAGAACAGAAGACCGACGUGGAUCGACUCGAGAAACAUCUCGGGUCGACACACCUUCAAGAUACGAGAGUCCCGCCAAAGCCUCUCCCCCGGUGGAGGCACCUGCUGCGAGAUCGACUCCAACACCUGCGGCUGGAGGAACAUAUGCGCAAUACAAGACGCCAGAAGACCGAGCUGCGUACAUCAAACAGCAAGCUGAGCAACGGAUGGCCGAGCGUCUUGCUGCCCUUGGCAUCAAGGCACCUACGAAGCCAGGAGAAACAACUCAACAGAGAUUGGAACGUGAGAAGAAUGAGAGAGCUGCUAAAUUGAAGCAAGCAGAAGAAGAGGACGCCAAGCGUGAGGCUGAGAGGCAAGCCAGAAUCAAUGAAGAACAAGGAAUACCCCCACCAGCUCCAGCGGCUGCCCCAGCUGCACCAGGUUCCAGAAAGCCACCACCACCACCAUCACGAAAGGCUGCCAAGAGUGACGCUAGUGAACGUAAGGCCGAGGAAGAACAGAGAAUGCUCGAAGAACAGAAAGCCCAGAUUUUGGCUACACAGGAUCUUCAGGACGAUGCUGCUCGACAAGAAACUGAGCUCGCCAAGGAAGGUGAAUCUGCUGCUGCUCGUCUAAAGGCGCUUGAGGAACAAGUCAAGGCUGGUAAAGUCAAGAAGGAAGAAGAGAAGCGAAGGAAGAAGGCUGCACAAGCUGAGGCUAAGGAGAAAGAAGCUAGACUGGCUGCUCAACGAGCUGAGAUUGAAGCUGCGCAAGCUCGUGAGAGAGAGUUGCAGCGUCAACUAGAAGCUAUGGACGAUUCCGACUCUUCCGAUGAUGAUGAGCCAGAACAAGUCACUCCACAAGCUUCAACUCCGACACAAAGUAGCCAAGAAUUUGAGAGAAAGGAAAUCUCUCCACCACCUCCACCUGUACCAGCUGUUGUACCUCCGAUCCCACCUGCGGCAACAACCACCUCACUGCCGCCUGUGUCCAGUCCAGAUACUGAAACCAGAAAUCCUUUCUACAAGAAGCUGCAAACUGGUGGUGACGUUUCAUCACCUUCUGCUGCCAUGUCCAACAACCCUUUCCAUCGACUACCUCAAGAGACCAAGGCUCCAGAACCACUCAUCACACAACCUACAGGAAGCCGCUCACGUGCUCGCCCUGAAGAAGACGAGUGGUCGGUCGUUGGAUCUGAUAAAGAGGACGAUUCCUCUGAUGACGAAGGUCCUGGUGCAGGCAAUGCUCGUCACCUUGCAUCCAUUCUUUUCGGUACAAUGGGUCCACCUCGUCCUCUGUCUGCCGCUGGUGGAGCAGGAUCCACCCCUACAAGUCCAGCAAUGAGAGAUUCGCCGGCUUCUCCCCCGCCCCCACCACCUAUGCCAAGUGGAGGCGCUCCUCCUCCACCUCCUAUGCCAAGCUUUGGUGGUCCUCCACCUCCUCCGCCGAUGCCUGGAUCUGGAGCCCCUGGCGGCCCACCCCCACCACCUCCUAUGCCUGCUGUCAGUGCACCUCCUGGUGGUGGAAGACCAGCAGGUUUGCUGGGUGAGAUCCAGAUGGGCAAAUCUCUCAAGAAGACACAAACGAAGGACAAAAGCGCUGCAGCUGUUGCAGGCAGAGUUCUGGAUUGACUUGCUGAGACCGAGGAAUAGAUUUCUUCAUGUGGGGGCAGGACGAUUACGACUCUAACUCGUGAUGGAGAUAAAUGGGAGUGACUAGGAUGGAUUGGUGUAUUAUACUCGUGGCGGGAACGAACAAUGAGAUAGAUAUAGCACCCUUCAUUAGCACAUAUGAGAUUGGAGAAUGAACUACACGUUGC